CGGCGGCCGCGAUGGACACCAAGCAUUUCCUGCCGCUGGAUUUUUCCACCCAAGUCAAUUCUACCUCCCUGAGCUCUCCCACUGGCCGCGGGCCUAUGACCACAUCUUCCCUCCAUCCAUCCAUCGGGCCUGGCAUCGGCUCCUCCUUGGGUUCCCCAAGUCAACUUCACUCACCCAUCAACACCCUGAGUUCCCCCCUCAAUGGCAUGGGGCCUCCUUUCUCAGUCAUCAGUUCCCCAAUGGGGCCUCACUCGAUGUCUGGACCAUCUACCCCAAGCAUUGGCUUUGGAACUGGCAGCCCACAGCUCAAUUCCCCCAUGAACUCAGUGAGCAGCACAGAGGACAUUAAACCCCCCUUGGGCCUCAAUGGAGUCCUUAAAGUGCCAGUACACCCUUCAUCAGCCAUGGCCUCCUUCACUAAGCACAUAUGUGCGAUCUGUGGGGACAGAUCUUCAGGUAAACAUUAUGGGGUGUACAGCUGUGAGGGCUGCAAAGGCUUCUUCAAGCGGACAGUGCGCAAAGACUUGACAUACACCUGUCGUGAUAAUAAGGACUGCUUAAUUGACAAGCGUCAGCGGAAUCGGUGCCAGUAUUGCCGGUACCAGAAAUGCCUUGCAAUGGGCAUGAAGAGAGAAGGGAUGGAGCACCAUCCAUCCCGGCCCACAAGACUCCCAGGAAGGCAGGAGGAACAAGCGGUGCAGGAAGAGAGGCAGCGAGGGAAAGACCGCAAUGAGAAUGAGGUUGAGUCAACGAGCAAUGCAAAUGAGGACAUGCCUGUGGAGAAGAUUUUAGAAGCCGAGCUGGCAGUGGAGCCAAAGACAGAGACAUACAUCGAAGCAAACAUGGGCCUGACUCCAAACUCGCCCAAUGACCCAGUCACCAACAUAUGCCAGGCAGCAGACAAGCAGCUCUUCACCUUGGUGGAGUGGGCAAAGAGGAUUCCGCAUUUCUCAGAACUGCCCUUGGACGACCAAGUCAUCUUGCUCAGGGCUGGUUGGAAUGAGUUACUUAUCGCGUCCUUUUCUCAUCGGUCCAUAGCUGUGAAAGAUGGAAUCCUUCUUGCCACCGGCCUCCACGUCCACCGGAACAGUGCUCACAGUGCGGGGGUUGGCGCCAUCUUUGAUAGAGUAUUGACAGAACUUGUGUCCAAAAUGAGGGACAUGCAGAUGGACAAAACAGAACUGGGAUGCCUCAGAGCAAUCGUACUCUUCAACCCUGAUUCAAAAGGUCUUUCCAAUCCUACUGAGGUUGAGGCUCUCCGUGAGAAGGUGUAUGCUUCACUUGAGGCCUACUGCAAAAACAAAUAUCCUGACCAGCCUGGGAGGUUUGCCAAGCUCUUGCUUCGCCUCCCAGCCCUUCGCUCCAUUGGCUUGAAAUGUUUGGAGCAUCUCUUCUUCUUCAAGUUAAUAGGCGACACACCGAUUGACACCUUCUUGAUGGAGAUGCUAGAAGCUCCCCACCAAAUGACUUAAAAGAGGGCCUCUGGCUUGAGUCCUCAGCAGGCUCCCUCUUUUCUGCCACAUACACAAGGCCUCCCACUCUUCUGCCACUUCCUUCCCAGAGCAAGAGACACUGCCUGCUGUCCUCUGGGUGACGUGGCACCUGAACACACUGCUGACUGCGCCUGCUCCUGGGUUUGGCACCUGUGCUGCAGCUGAGGAGUGACUUUCACUAUGCUUGUUAUGGAUGCAGAGACCACACGUUUCAGCCACACCAAAGGCCCCAACUGCCACUAACUCAACCCCCUCUUUCCUGAGCACAGAUGGAUUUCAGAGCAGUGUCGCACUUGGUUCACUCUUGUCUCCCCCUUGUUUGUGGCUGUGGUUGUCCCUGCACGCACCCCUCCCCCCCAAAUUGUCUGAUCUGCUGGGCUGCAGAAGGGCGAGCGGGGGGGGGGGGGGGAUUGAAGGGAUGUGGUGGUUUUGCCUCCAGUUAAGGAAACAAAAACAAUCCCUUUUUCUUCUCAAAAGGAGAUGGGGUUGAAGUCUGGCUAAACUGGCCAUAAUCUUCUGUAGCUGUCUUUGUAUUGAGAGCAAGCAAUGGUUGGGAAAGGGGCCAUAUGCUAAAGGCCAGAAUCUCAUAGGAGUGUGAAGGGCAGGGCUGUCAUUUCUGCUCCCCAACAGUCAGAGAGAGAGAGAGAGAGAGCGCCCGUGUGUGUGUGUGUCCGCACGCGCUAAGAGGAAAUUCUCUCAAUAGCCGAGCCAGCUAAUCAGAUUGCAAGCCAACUGCAGUGUUCAAAGGACAGUCCAAGCUUCUUUGUAGCAGCUGUGUUAGUCCUGGUUGUAUGCUAUGCUGCUGGCCAGGGGGGUGGGAUGGUGUGAUGCCCUUUCAUUGGCUGUUGGGGCUUUUGUAAAAGAAGAUUCCCUUUGGGAUCACCCCA